CAUCCUUCAUCCUCCUCUUAUUGUUCUUCGGUCGAUUGUUCCUACUGUUCCUACUUUUGACUCAGAGGAUAGGCUCCUUCAAUCUCGUAUAUACUACCCAUUCGAUCUCUAUCUACUCUCUGUAUUUUCUGUGUUUUGAGGCAAAAGUAAUAAGCAUUGCCUGUGCUUAUAGUUGAUACUCUUACUAUCGAUAAGGGCUAUCCAAGGAACCUCCCACUCCCAUUCCCACUCCCCCCCCCCACUCAAAAGGCUUUCGGUCGCCCCUCUCUUACUAUUUCUCUCUCCCUCCCUCUCUCUCUUGCUCUCUCUUUCACCCCGCCGCUGGAAAGUGCUCCACCUUUGUCAAGUUCUUUUUUUCCCCUUUUCCUCCUCCUCUUCACGGACUGGUUUCGUCUCUUUCUUCCCGCCUCCUCUUCUUACCUUCUUUCCCUCUUUCCCUCUUUCCCUCUUUCCCCCAUCUCCCCUCCCAUAACACCCACACAACCGUCAAAAUGGUGUCUGCUUCCAAAGCUGCUCGUAUGGCCAAGCGUGGCGAUGACGGCAAGAAAAAGACCCUCAAGUCCAAGAAGGGUACCUCGACCCCCGGUGACGAGACCCCCAUGCUCGAUGGCGACGGAAACCCUUUGCCCGUCGAGGAUCAGCCUGCCACCUCCGCUGAGAAGCUGAAGGAGGUUGAGAAGCUGACCGCACAGAUGGACAAGCACGGUCUCUCGGACCGUGUCACCACUGGUGUCCUCUCCUCCCUGGAGUCCUCCCGCGACGUCAAGAUCACUUCCGCCUCCCUGGUGUUCCACGGCAAGGUCCUCAUCACCGACUCCACCCUCGAACUGAACUUCAGUCGCCGUUACGGUCUCUUAGGUGAAAACGGUUGCGGAAAGUCCACCCUUCUCAAGUCCAUCGCCACUCGCGAGUUUCCCAUCCCUGAGCACAUUGAUAUUUACCUGCUCAACGAGGGUGCUCCCCCCACCGACCUCGGUGCCCUUGAGUGGGUUGUUACUGAGGCUCAGAACCAGCUCGACCGCAUGGAGAAGCAGGCCGAGGAGAUCUUGGAGAAGGAGGGCCCUGACAGCCCUAUUCUCGAGGACCUUUACGACCGUAUGGACAAGAUGGAUCCCUCGACCUUCCACACCCGUGCCUCCCUGAUCCUGACGGGUCUUGGUUUCAACAAGCAGACCAUCCACAAGAAGACUAAGGACAUGUCCGGUGGUUGGCGUAUGCGUGUGGCCCUUGCCAAGGCCCUCUUCGUCAAGCCUUCUCUCCUCCUGCUGGACGACCCCACUGCUCACUUGGAUCUCGAGGCCUGUGUGUGGUUGGAAGAAUACCUGAAGAAGUGGGAGCGCACCCUGAUCCUGGUCUCCCACUCCAUGGAUUUCUUGAACGGUGUCUGCACCAACAUGAUCGAUAUGCGCAUGAAGCAGCUCCUCUACUAUGGUGGUAACUACGAUUCGUACCACAAGACCCGUGCCGAACAGGAGACGAACCAGAUGAAGGCCUACCACAAGCAGCAGGAAGAAAUUGCCCACAUCAAGAAGUUCAUCGCCUCCGCCGGUACCUACGCCAACUUGGUCCGUCAGGCCAAGUCCCGUCAGAAGAUUCUCGACAAGAUGGAAGCCGACGGUUUCAUCCAGCCCGUCAUUCCUGACCGUGUCUUCAGCUUCCGCUUCGCUGAUGUCGAGAAGCUCCCCCCUCCCGUCCUGUCCUUCGAUGAUGUCUCUUUCUCCUACUCUGGCAACUGGGAUGACACUCUGUACGAGCACCUUGACUUCGGUGUCGACAUGGACUCCCGUACUGCUCUGGUCGGACCCAACGGUGUCGGCAAGUCCACUCUGCUCCGUCUGAUGACCGGCAAGCUCAGCCCCAUCGGUGGUAGUGUCAGCCGUCAUACCCACUUGAAGCUCGGCAUGUACAGCCAGCACUCCGCUGAACAGCUGGACCUGACCAAGUCAUCCUUGGAGUUCGUCCGUGACAAGUUCCCCGAGAAGUCCCAGGACUACCAGUACUGGCGCCAGCAGCUCGGCCGCUACGGUCUGAGCGGUGAGUCCCAGACUGCUCUGAUGGGUACUCUGUCUGAGGGUCAGAAGAGUCGUAUCGUUUUCGCUCUGUUGGCUAUUGAGUCUCCCAACAUGAUUCUCCUGGACGAACCUACCAACGGUCUCGAUAUCCCCACCAUCGACAGUUUGGCCGAUGCCAUCAACGCCUACAGCGGAGGUGUCGUGGUCGUCUCCCACGAUUUCCGUCUCCUCGACAAGAUCGCCAAGGACAUCAUGGUCUGCGAGCACAAGACUGUCACUCGCUGGGAUGGUACCAUCGGGCAGUACAAGAACUACCUCCGCAAGAAGAUGAUCGACCAGGGUGCUGUCUAAAAAGCCCGAAGCAUUUUUCAUGAGGUGCUUCUCUGUUACGAAUGGAAUGCUCAGAAACGAACAAAAUAUCAAGACAGGAAAGAAAAACAGUCUGCGCGAGGAUGCAGACUUGGGAAAACUUUACCGAAAGGAGUAGGAGAAAAAAGUAUAUCAAUUUUCUCAGCAGCAGGAGAGAUGAACCAUCCUGACUGAGAGGUCCUUGUUUUAAGGGGGAUACAUUUGUGUUUAUCCCGUUUUGCUUAAAUACCACCUGGAGAUAUCACCUGCUCAGUAUUUGGGUGUUUUUUGUUUUUUCUUUCUUUACGUUGUGUUUCUUAGAUGGCCUUGUUUAUUUCCAUCAUCGUCGUUCAUACCAUUUCAAUCUCAUCCCCCUAACUUAGACUUGAGCGUUUGAGGGGGUGAAAUCUGAUGCUUCUCUUUUCUCAUUGGAUUCUCGUAUAGACUGUUCAUCAUCCUUUGGGACACGGGUGUCUCCUUGAGAAUGGAUUGUUUUAUUUGAA